ACUCAAUAAAUUAUGAUUGAGAAGUGUUCAAAUUCUCCACAGAGAUAUCAUGAGUUCAUGACCCAUUGACCACGUUAUGUUCUAUAUUUAGUGCUAAAUUGCUAAUCCUCCUGUUGCUGGUGCUAAUACUCUGGGAUCAUGGCUUCUCUGUUUCACAUUUUUCUUCUUUUUCUUGCAAUUUAUUCCCAAAUCUCGUCUUCAACCUCCGACACUCUGAAUAAAGGCUCAUCCCUAUCUGUAGAGAAACCAGACGAUGUUUUAACUUCACCGGAUGGAGUUUUCACCGCCGGGUUUCACCAAGUCGGCAACAAUUCAUUUUGCUUUGCUAUUUGGUACAGUGAGCCAUUUGACCACUACAAAUACAGAACCAUAGUCUGGAUGGCCAACCGUGACCAGCCAGUCAAUGGCAAACACUCAAAGCUCUCCCUCCUCAAAACUGGUGAUCUCAUCUUAACCGACGCUGGUCAAUCCAAUGUUUGGUCCACAGCCACCACUUCAGUCUCUCCGGCGAACUUAAGCCUCCACAAUUCCGGCAAUCUUGUUUUGCUCAACUCGGAGCAUGUCAUUCUAUGGCAGAGCUUUGAUUACCCUACUGAUACUCUUCUUUCGAGCCAACCACUCACCAGAAGCACAAUCCUUGUCUCCAUGAGAAGCCCGAGCAACUACUCCUCAGGCUUCUACAAGCUCUUCUUUGACAAUGACAACCUUCUCCGGCUACUCUUCGACGGUCUUGAGGUUUCAAGUGUGUAUUGGUUUGAGCCGUGGCUCACAGGCCGAGACGCCGGAAGGUCCACAGAUAACAGCAGUAGAGUUGCCGUGAUGGAUUCCCUAGGCAAGUUUACUUCAUCGGACACCUAUACUUUGAUCGCUUCCGAUUAUGGUGCAGCUUGGCAGAGAAGACUGACGGUUGAUUGUGAUGGAAAUGUUCGGUUGCACAGCCGGGCCAAACCCGGAGACAGAUGGAUUGUGACAGGGCAGAUCAUUCAAGAUCCUUGUAAGAUUCAUGGGGUUUGUGGUCCUAAUAGUGUGUGCAGCUAUGAGCCUGGCACCGGAAGAAAAUGUUCUUGCAUUCCUGGUUACAAAAUGUCAAAUCUUACUGAUUGGUAUUAUGGUUGUGAACCUGAGUUCAAUUACACUUGCGGUAGAGGUGAGUCUAGUUUCUUCAAGCUCUCGAAGCUCGAGUUUUUCGGGUACGAUUACGGAUACUUCACCAACUACACCUUUAUGGAGUGUCAGGAUCUUUGUUUGCAGCUGUGUAACUGCAAAGGGUUCCAAUACUCUCGAAUCCCAAGCCUUAGUAUAUAUAGCUGUUAUCCGAAAACAGUGUUGCUCAAUGGUUACAGGUCUCCUAGCUUUUUCGGAGACAUAUAUUUGAGAGUGCCAAAGAUACAUCUGUCAUCUUAUGGAUUGCCACAACAAGAUUAUAGUUUGAGUUGCUUAGAUAAGGUGGUUGAGCUAGACAGAACCUACGAGAAGAGCCGUGUAACUGGUCUAGUGAAAUUUUUGCUAUGGUUUGCCUGUGGAGUUGGAGGGUUCGAGAUCAUUUGUAUACUUUUGGUUUUGGGUCUAAUAACUCGAAACCGGAGAGAUUCCACUGAGGAUAAGUACGGUUACCAUCUUGCUGCAACUGGAUUCAAGAGGUUUAGCUACGCUGAGCUUAAGAAGGCGACGCGGGGUUUUAGUGAAGAAAUUGGAAGAGGAGCAGGAGGUGUUGUUUACAAAGCUGUGUUGGCUGAUCAUCGAGUUGCAGCGAUCAAGAGGCUUAAUGAAACCAACCAAGGAGAAGGUGAGUUUUCAGCAGAAGUCAACACUAUUGGGAGGCUGAACCAUAUGCAUUUGAUUGAGAUGUGGGGAUAUUGCUCGGAGGGAAAGCACAGGCUUCUUGUUUAUGAGUACAUGGAGCAUGGUUCCUUGGCACAAAAGUUAGCUUCCAAUGUCCUUGAUUGGGAAAAGAGGUUUGAGAUUGCUCUAGGCACUGCAAAGGGUCUUGCUUAUUUGCAUGAAGAAUGUUUGGAGUGGGUUUUACAUUGUGAUGUGAAGCCUCAAAACAUACUCUUGGACUCCAAUUAUCAACCAAAGGUUGCAGAUUUUGGCCUAUCCAAGCUCCUCGACAGAGAUGACCUUAAGAACUGGAGCUUUUCGAGGAUACGAGGAACUAGAGGUUACAUUGCUCCGGAGUGGGUUUACAAUUUGCCUAUCACAUCCAAAGUGGAUGUGUACAGCUAUGGGGUUGUGGUGUUGGAGAUGGUGACCGGAAAGAACCCGAUUAAGCCGGAUGUGGAUGCCAUUGAUGGUGAGCAGAGAAGGCUGAUCAUGUGGGUGAGGGAGAAAUUACAUAAUGGAACUUCUGCUAGUGAAAUUGAAGCUCGGAUAGGAGACGUCAUAGACCCUUCGUUUGAAGGUAAAUAUGAUGUAAAAAAGAUGGGGAUUCUGUUGGGAGUGGCUUUACAUUGCGUAGAGGAAGACAGAGACGCGAGACCAACUAUGAGCCAAGUCGUUGAGAUGCUUGUGCCGCUUGACAAAGACCAAGAACAUUAGCAAAAGAUUCACUGACCGGCGGCUUUUUUUUUUCUUGGUUUCUGGCGGCUUUGCUGUGUCAUGGUGUAUUUACCAAUCUACCGUACAAAAAUGUAUUUUUUUAUAUAACAAAUAAUGCGAUAUUUUAUUCAUGGUAGUCAAUUCUUUUGAAUAGAAACUGAUAUUAUUAGAAUUAAUAGACAAAGGCUAGA